GGGUGGAGGAAGGGUGUUUGAAAGCCUGCCAUUGGUGAGCUUACCAAAGGCAUCUGCCAGUGGGACUUCAAUGGAAUGUGAAACCAAAUCAUUUUCAAGUUAAAGAUAGACACAGUAUACACCAGGAUCUAGAGGCUGGCUUUUAAACUCACAUCCCUCCCAAGAAUUUCAGGGACUUCUAUGAUAGUCUCUGUUGUAAUGAAUAAUGUGGUUAAGUUUGCUCUUUAAGCAACUAAGCUAAGAACUCAUAUGUGUUCUGGAUGUACUGGGAUGAAAAGGAUUUCAAAGAGCAUGGUGAGCAUACACGAGGAAUGAUUGAAGAUAGUGGGAAAAAAGGAAAUACCAUGGCAGAGAGAAGACAGCUGUUUGCAGAGAUGAGGGCUCAAGAUUUGGAUCGUAUCCGACUCUCCACCUACAGAACAGCAUGCAAGCUUAGGUUUGUUCAGAAGAAAUGCAAUCUGCACCUGGUAGACAUUUGGAAUGUGAUAGAAGCUCUGCGGGAAAAUGCCUUGAACAACCUGGACCCAAACACAGAACUCAAUGUGGCCCGCUUGGAGGCUGUACUCUCCACCAUCUUCUACCAGCUCAACAAACGGAUGCCAACCACUCACCAAAUCCACGUGGAGCAGUCCAUCAGUCUCCUGCUUAACUUCCUGCUUGCAGCUUUUGAUCCGGAAGGCCAUGGUAAAAUUUCAGUAUUUGCUGUCAAAAUGGCUUUAGCCACAUUGUGUGGAGGGAAGAUCAUGGACAAAUUAAGAUAUAUUUUCUCAAUGAUUUCUGACUCCAAUGGAGUGAUGGUUUAUGGCCGAUACGACCAAUUCCUUCGGGAAGUUCUCAAACUACCCACAGCAGUUUUUGAAGGUCCUUCAUUUGGGUAUACAGAACAGUCAGCUAAAUCCUGUUUCUCCCAACAGAAAAAAGUCACAUUAAAUGGUUUUUUGGACACACUCAUGUCAGAUCCCCCUCCGCAAUGCCUGGUCUGGUUGCCUCUUCUACAUCGACUGGCCAAUGUUGAAAACGUCUUCCAUCCAGUGGAGUGCUCCUACUGCCACAGUGAGAGUAUGAUGGGAUUUCGCUACCGAUGCCAACAGUGUCACAAUUACCAGCUCUGUCAGGACUGCUUCUGGAGGGGACAUGCCAGUGGUUCCCACAGCAACCAGCACCAAAUGAAAGAGUACACAUCAUGGAAAUCACCUGCUAAGAAGCUAACUAACGCGUUAAGCAAGUCUCUGAGCUGUGCUUCCAGCCGUGAACCAUUGCACCCCAUGUUCCCAGAUCAGCCUGAGAAGCCACUCAAUCUGGCUCACAUCGUGCCUCCCAGACCUGUAACCAGCAUGAAUGACACCUUGUUCUCCCACUCCGUUCCCUCCUCAGGAAGUCCUUUCAUUACCAGGAGGUUACCUGAGGGGAUAAGUGCAUCCAGCCCUGUGGCUGAAGAACAUUCACUCAUUAAGCUGUAUGUAAAUCAGCUUGACCACGGCACACGCUCUCCUCCCAAGGACAGUGAAGUAGAGCAGAACAAAAUGCUGGCUAGGGCUGCUCCAGCUUUUCUGAAGGGCAGAGGGAUACAGUACAGCCUGAAUGUGGCAGACAGGCUGGCUGAUGAACAUGUUCUCAUCGGGUUGUAUGUCAACAUGCUCCGGAACAACCCACCAUGUAUGCUUGAGAGUUCAAACCGGCUUGAUGAAGAACACAGGCUAAUUGCCAGGUAUGCGGCAAGACUGGCAGCAGAAUCCUCUUCAUCGCAGCCGACUCAGCAGAGAAGUGCUCCUGACAUCGCCUUCACCAUCGAUGCAAAUAAGCAACAACGGCAGCUGAUUGCAGAACUAGAAAACAAGAACAGAGAAAUCUUGCAGGAGAUCCAGAGGCUUCGGCUAGAGCAUGAACAAGCUUCUCAACCUGCACCAGAGAAGGCACAGCAAAACCCAACCCUGCUGGCAGAGCUCCGGCUCCUCAGACAGCGCAAAGAUGAGCUGGAGCAGAGGAUGUCUGCUCUCCAGGAGAGCCGGAGAGAGCUAAUGGUCCAGCUGGAAGGCCUCAUGAAGCUACUGAAGACCCAGGGGGCAGGCUCUCCUCGCUCUUCCCCCAGCCACACCAUCAGCAGGCCCAUCCCCAUGCCCAUCCGCUCGGCCUCCACCUGCUCAACCCCGACCCACACGCCUCAGGACUCUCUCACGGGGGUAGGGGGCGAUGUACAAGAGGCGUUUGCACAAAGUUCCAGAAGAAAUUUAAGGAAUGACUUGCUGGUAGCAGCAGAUUCCAUUACUAACACUAUGUCCUCUCUUGUGAAGGAGCUGAAUUCUGAGGUGGGGAGUGAAACGGAGAGCAAUGUGGAUUCUGAGUUUUCCCGGACUCAAUUUGAGGAUCUGGUUCCUUCACCAACCUCUGAAAAGGCUUUUCUAGCACAGAUCCAUGCCCGAAAACCUGGGUACAUUCAUGGUGGAGCCACCACAAGCACCAUGCGCAGUGACAUGGUCACAGAAGAUGGGGACACCUAUGUGCAGGCCGAGGAUGAGAGCUAUGACAGCGACUCUGUCCGGCAGCUGGAGAAUGAGCUCAAGAUGGAAGAGUACCUGAAACAGAAGCUGCAGGAUGAGGCCUACCAGGUCAGCUUGCAAGGUUGAAUGCAAUAUCCUUUUAUCACUCUCCUCUCAAGCAAGCUAUAGUCAGACAGAUGAUGAAAGUAACAUGAAAACUGGUGCUGAAGGAGAGCGCUGCAGCCAUACAGAGGAGGAAGACAGCAGCCUCGCCGAAGAGAGGAGCCACCAUCCCCAGCAGCUCCCGACAAACCCCAGCCCGAACCAUGUGUUCUGAUGCCUGUAGUGCAGCUCACUUUUCUGUUCUGAGAUUUGUAGUGCAUAGGUGUGUGUUUUGAAAAGAAAAAAAAAAAGAGACUUCUGUUCAAAACUAAUUUAUCAGCUACAUCUUUUGUAACAUGUUUCAUCUCUGGUUAAAACGAGCAAGCAGACGCAGGUUGAGGAUCCAUACUGCCGUUACACACGAUGGCAGUAUUAAGCAUUUUAAACCUUUGCACAUGAUCUUGAACCUGUUCAGUUUACAAUAACAAUAAUAAUAAUAAUAAUGCUGUUUUUAGCUAGACAUUUGAUUUCUGGAUUCUUUGGGAUUUUAGCAAAGCAGUUUAUUAUACACUACAUUUAUUUUUCCAGUAGCAAUUGGGGGGCAGGGAAAAGUAAACAAACCCCUUGAAAUUAUUCACUAACCCAGAAGGAUUUGAUUCCUGAGUGCACGUUCUGAGCCUGGAAGCCAAGAGUCUUUGUCUCAAUGGUCCAUAAUUGAUUUCAAGUCUCAGUGAGCAGGGACUUGAACCAAACACUCCAGGAACGAUCCAUUCUUUGUGGCUUCUUUCCAACAUGGGGUUGUUUUCUUUCAGCCAUAGAAUUUAGUGUAAAUAUUCUUUUUUCCACAUAGAGGUCGUAUUCAAAACAAAGGCAACAUUCAAAUGAUUUAGAAUCUAGUUUUUAAAAUCAGCACAGAUCUUCUUAAAAACAACUGUGAACUAUGUUUUGAAAUACUCAUUACUAAAGCUGUUUAUAAACCACAGGUGCCAUAAGAUCCCCAAACUGAAGUUACCUAUGCUCUUCAUGGUCUUGUUCCUCUUGUUUUAGCUUUAGGAAGCAUGUCUUUCCCAGCACUGCGCAUUCACAAGUUCCCCCACCAGGUUGUUUGGAGGCCUUCAGCUUUAAAUGUACAGGCUUAAAGUGCGCUUGCAACCGUCUGCUCUCCUCUUAUUUCUGAAUGUUGAUUGCCUUAGCUGGCCACAUGGUGUUCUGCAUGCAGCCUUCCGGGGUCCGUGAAAGGAGACAGGCUCUACCAUGUUGAGUUGUGAUUUUGCACAGAAUUAAGAGCCGAAGUACAGAAGAACUGUCAAAAACAAGAGGAUAGAAGACUCUUGGGGGUCCUUCAUGAGGGCCUCCUUCAGGGAGGCUACACACCUCCCCUAGGGAUUCUGGGGAGAAUGAAAAGUCAUCUGCUCGUUUUAAGAUUUACAUUUUAAAAAAAAAAAGGUUGUGACAGAUUGGAAAACUACACUUAAAUUAGCAGUUUCUCUGGAAUCCCUGUUCCUCUCAGAAGAGAAAAAUCAGUCCCCCAGGUGUGUUUUCCAGGACUGUAGCCAUGCCUCCUGGGAAUGUGUUAGAAAUGCAGGUUCUUAGAUGCCAACCCAUACCUACUGGUUCAAAACAUUUGGGGGUGGGUGGGGAUCAGAAGUUCACGUUUGCAUCAGCCCUUCAGAUGACCCUGAUGCACACCAAAGUUUGAGAACUACUACUCUAAAUUGGUAUCAUAGAUCUCUGAAAAGGCUUGAUUCAGAUAAGCAAGGAAGGUUCUGAGUCAACUCAGAGUUGUUGGCUGUUCAGUUUUGCUUCUAGGAUUGGCAAAAUCCUCCCGCCCCACAUACCCAGUCCACAGCAGGUGGGUGCCUGGCUCAGAAGAGAUAUCCUGAUGCCUUCUAGCUCCCUCUGCAGAGGGCCUUAAGGUGCUCAUGUCUGCAACUGAUCAGAAACCAUCUCCUUGGCUGCCCUGAGGAACAAAAUCCCUCUCCUGGGCAUAGCGAAGUGCUUACUGGGCAUUGGUAAGGAGCCCACUCUGCCCCUUGGUGUCUUUAAUUAUCCUUCCCUCCAGAGAACCCACCCAGCAAAGGUCCCUGAGCACAGGCUGACACCAAAGUGGCACAACUGCACAGUUCUCGGAUUUAUUUGCACAACUGGAGUGUAUCUCAGAUUUGUAGGUGUGUCUUACUGCUCAUCUCCGCCGCCCAUCCUCUGUGAAACCAUACCUCUCUAGAUGGAGCAGGUGGCCACUGGUGCCUCAUACUCAGUACUGAAAAUCACGACAUCCCAGCUACCUACAUUACUGUCAGCUCGAAAUCAUAGCCGGGUCAUUCUUGAACUGAGAACUCAGACCAUGCACGUGGUGCUGAGCCACUGCCUUGACUGAGCUGACAUACCUUAUUUCUUUGUGUAUCGACAUCAAAAUGUUUGUCUAAGGUUGGAACAAUUCUGCUGAUAACCUUCCCCCUUGUCAUAGAUUUCAUUGCCAACCAACUCUAUCACACAGUUGUUGCUACCAUCCUACAAAGCCAUUGCAAGGACUCUGGAAGCUGCCACCAGUGAGAAAUUUCUGACUAACCAGCCACCUUUUCUUUCUCUUAGCUCCACGUCAGCACUGAGACCAGACUCAAGCACCCCUGUCCUGUAACCGAGACAAAAUGGCGUGUGUUGUUUUGGGUUUUUGUGUUUUUCGGUGGGUUUCUUUCCUUGGCUGUCCAAAUUUACUUUUGGGGCCUGUUUUAAAUGCAAACCCAGCAGGUUUCACCUGUCCUGUCCAUUAGAUACAACUAUAUUUUACAGAGGUUGUUUCUUUCUUGUUCCACAAUUAAUUACACACCCAUCUCCAUCAAAACUGAUGGCCUAUUAGCACGGAUCUACCACAACCAGCCCUCCCCUUUUAGCACCAUGUGAAAGGACCAGGGGGAGGAUAAAAUCUACUGUAUGGGUUUCAGGAAUCAGUUGUAGUUGGUCAGGAGGGAAGUUGGGGUAAGUUUGGUUGGUCAGAGGCAGAUGUGCUUGGAGAUUGUGAAAAUGGAUUCUCGGAUGAUCUGUUAUAAGGCAGGGAAGGUUCAUUUGUAAGUAGUAAUGUAAACUGACUUGCAUUAAGAGUGUGGCCUUUGUUGUGAUAUACUAUGUAUUUUCUUAUAUGCAUGAGCCAAACUGUCGCAUCAUAAUUUAGCACUGAUGUCUUCUUUUAUUUUGAUCAUCUUUGUCCACCCUGAUUAGUUCUUGGCUGUGGACUGUAGAUAGAUCUUGUAAAUACAGCAACCUCAGGUUGUUGCAUUCACCUUGGUUCAGUUCCAUGCAGGAGCCACAAACAAGAACUCCACUGUGUCCUCAGAAGAAAGGGCAUUUUUACUUGUGAACCAAAAAUAGAAAAAAAUAUCAGAAGCAUUACAUCCUGAAGCUAAUUAAAUGUAUGUAAGACAUUUUUAAUUAUGACUACUAUAAUUUGACACCAUUUGAAAUAACCAAUUCAGACACACUAAAGAUUUCACAAUAUUCAUUGGUAUUGUAACAAAACUACUAUUGUAUGGAUUUUUUUGUAUUGCUGUUAAGUAUUGUUUUUUUGUGUGUAUGUAUGUAUGUAUGUGUGUGUGUGUUGGAACCUCCUGGGGACAUGUUAUAUUUUGAAGUGAUUAAACUAUUUAAUUGUGUGUCUAUAUUUUGGAAUGGAAUUAUUUCUUCAUUAAAAAUGUUUUUAAAAACACUA